AUGACUGAAGUCACCGAUCGUAACGAGCGCCGGAGGAUCAAUGCAGAGGGCGACUGGACCAUCGUCUACGGUGAUCUCAUCAACGAGGCCGAUGUAGCCGAGCUCGUCAUAUCCAUUCCCACCGGCACCGUCGCCGGUUGGGUGUCCAGCCAAGUCGAUGCCCAAGUCCAAAAGUUCAACCAAAGUCUCGCUACCGUCUCCGACGACGUUGUCAGAGAAGCAACGCAGUAUCUCAGAAGCCUCGUACAGAAUGGGGGUUCUGGAGAGCGAGACAUCAACGGACUAGGGGUCAAGGCUGGCAUCCUCACGUACCACCGCAAGCUCAAGACGCCGCUUGGCUCUGUGCCGCUGCCCAACAACUUCCAACCUUAUAUCGGCAUACGAAUCACCAAGCCCCUGCCGCCCAAGGGGGCGCCGGCUCCAGUCCAAGUACCACCAGGGGUACAACCUACCACACAGUCGAACCCAGCUGGCUUAGACAGUAGAUCGUGGUACCGAAUUACCAACCCGGCGAAGCCUGGAAUGGCCAUUGACGUUGUCAACGACGGCAACCAGCAACAAGAUGGACAGGUGCAGAUGGCCGCAGAAGGCAAUUUCAGCGGCCAGCACUGGCAGCUUCGCCCAUCUAGAACCCAGCCCGGAGCCUACAAUCUUUGCAACAUGUGGCUUGGAGCGGGCAAGUGCUUGGACGUGUAUGGCAAUGACAAGACGAAGCCGCAUUUGGCCACUGCUGGAAACUACUCGGGACAGCAGUGGAGCGUUGUGAGGAAUGGUAAUGGGACUUGGAAGCUGUCGAAUUCGUAUUCUGGGCCGCUGGUCUUGUCGGCCGAUGUCUCUGGCGGAGGGUUGUCGCUGAAGGAUCCCCAGGUUUCUCCUGCAAUGAUGUGGACUUUGCAGCCUAUCAAGCCCAUCACGGAGGUGGGAUUUUAA